UGGACAUACUCGAAGUAGAAAAAGGAAAAAGAAAACUCAUGGAAGCUUUGUGGGAUUUGGAAGACAAAUUGAAGAUUUCGACACUAGGUGCUGUUCUUCUUCUUGCAUGUGCAAGCCUUGCUCUUGUGUGCCUUUGCAUUGUUGUUACACUUAGAAGGAAGGCCAUUAACAAUAAGAUUGUACACCAAGAGGGUGCUUUAGAUGAAGAGAAUGAAAAGAAUACCACAAUUACAAACACUAAUACUAAUUUUGAUGCUACUAUUACUACUACUACUACUACUCCUACAGAAUGGUCAAAGGCAAGUUGUGUAGGAUGGAUUUCGGUGAAGAGGGUUUUGAUGGGGUCAAUGCUGUGGAGCAAGGCAAGGAAAUUGGAGGAGAACAUUGCAUGGCAGAGAGAGAGGGGAUCCCCACUACUUGGCUUACAAAGGCAGCAGGGUCUUCAAAGUGGGUGGCAAAGCCAUAACUCAGAAUCUCCAGUGUGGCAAAGACCAAUACUAAGAGGGGAGAAGUGUGAGUUGCCAAGUUUUAGUGGCCUCAUUCUCUAUGAUGAAAGAGGAAGACUUCUUCGUGAUUCCCAGAAUCAAAUUCACCACUUCAUGGAAACAUCACAACAGGAAGUAGGAACUGUUACAGUGAGGACUACUCUAAGAGAUUUACUUUAG